CCGAGAGGCCAGCUAGGAAGACAAAUACACCAUUCCUUCCCAUGUUUGAAAAAGUGCAUGUUGAAAGUUGUGUCAUCAACCCCUCUCCUCCCAAAGGCGGUGAGCGUGGGCUCCUGCAACUGCUUGCUCAGAGCUGUCAACGCCUGUAACCUGCUGCUCUUGGGCUUCCUGGCUGGACUGACAGGACCUGGCCGUGAUCCAAGCAGGGCGAUGUCUCCAGUCCCUUUCUGUCUCCAGGAUGGGAGCAAUGAACCUUGUUCCAGUUUUUCCUGGCCCUCUCACAAAUGGAGUCAGAAGUUGUCUUUUUUAAUUGCUUGCAGCCUUCCCACUAAGCUUUGAAACCAUUCAUGGAAGCUGACAGCAAUGCUUUCGUUCCUUUGCGUCAGAAGACAAAAAAGAAAAGUCAAGGGUUCUUUAUAAUGAGUCGACGGAGGAUAUCGUGUAAAGAGCUGGGGCAAGCCGAUUGCCAAGGAUGGCUCUACAAAAAGAAGGAAAAAGGAGCUUUCAUUGGCAACAAAUGGAAAAAGUUCUGGUGUGUGCUGAAGGAGUCAUCGCUGUAUUGGUACAGCAGUCAGCUGGCUGAAAAGGCAGAAGGAUUUAUCAGACUUCCAGACUUCAGUGUGGACCGAGCAAUUGAAUGCAAAAAAAAGCAUGCUAUUAAGAUCAGCCACCCACAGAUCAAGACAUUUUAUUUUGCGGCAGAAAAUGUUCUGGAAAUGAACACGUGGCUAAGUAAGCUGGGGAUGGCUGUAGACCCUCAGGCACCCAAUGGGAAGAAUGAGGAAGAAUGCUACAGCGAAAGUGAACAUGAUGAUCCAGAAAUAACAGACACACCACCUCCCCCCUACACAGUCCAGCCACCACCUCCUCCUUCGCAGGAUCAGCAGAAGUCUUCUUUCACCUCGACUCUGUCAAGUGAAGCAUCUUGUUCUCUCUCCUCUCCUGAAAGCACUUUCAACUCCCAAGAGUCAUCUUCUUCCUUGACAUCCAAAGUGGUUUAUUCCGAGAGGCAGUCCUGGCUUGACCUAGUUAACAGCUCUGCCACAGAAGAGGGUGAUCAGCCAUUAACUUUCUGCGUACAGAUUCACUCUGAUGAGCCACCAGAAGUAGACUGUGGAGAUGCGGCAGAAAGCCAGGAGGGCCAGCUUUCCAGACCCAGUGGUGGAUCCCAAAACUCUUUUUUAGGUCCGGAUACACAUUGUCUAGCUGUGCCAGAUGCAACAGGACAGAGAUCACUAGCCAAAGAACAGGAAAAAUGUGAUGAUGAUGAGAUGGAGCGACUUUACAAGUCAUUAGAACAAGCAAGCCUGUCUCCCAUUGGUGAUCGUCGGCUGUCAACAAAGAAGGAGCUUAGGAAGUCAUUUAUCAAACGCAGCAAAAACCCCUCCAUUAAUGAGAAACUCCACAAAAUUCGAAUGCUGAACAGCACAUUAAAGUGUAAGGAACAUGACCUGGCCACAAUUAACCAGUUGCUAGAUGACCCAAAGUUGACGGCAAUGAAGUACAGAGAAUGGAGGAACACAAACAUCAUGCUGGUUCAAGAUAUUUAUCAGCAGCAGGAGGUCCAGGACAUGUCCACAGAGAAUAGUGAGGAGCAAGAGAUGACUCCACAGCCUAUUGCUGAAAGUGCUAUCUGAGGCCAUGGUUCAAUGGUUCAUAGCAAGAUUUUUCUCCAUGGGUCUUCACGUACAGGCACUUUAAACUGCUGCAUUUUGAGGUUUGUUUUUUCCAAGUGUUCUGCGAAAGGAAAACAACCCCUUCUCCAAAGCUUUAAUUCCUCUUGCAAAACUCAUGUCAAAAAGGCAAACCCCUCAAAUUAAAAAAGCAUGCCUGAACCUGGGCUGCAUACCUAAGAAGAGUAUUUUGUGAAGCAGCAAAGAAAUGUUUUUCCAUCUUUGGAGAAGUAAAUUAAACAUGUCCAACUCCUGGAAGUCACAGAACUGUAUAUGUACUGUAUAAAUGUGGGAUCUUUGGGGUUGUUUUAACCAUGUAACUUACUGUUAAAGGAAGCUAAAACAAUGCCAACAGGAUGUAGUCUACUCUCUACCUUUUUACCCUGUAAGGUAACCUAAUGUAUGCAUUUUCAUCUCUACCUUCAUUCACUUUCAUCACUCUACCAGUUUAGACUGAGUCAACUAGAAUAGUAAUUAUGCAUGCGUUUAUACUACAGACAGCUGUCAGGCACCCUGUUUGUGCUCUGCCUGACGUUUUAUGAGUUUCAAAUUUAUUUAUGGGCCAGACCAAGGUACUGUCUUUCUACAUGAAGAAGAGAAGGUCUCAGUGUUUGCUAACACGUAAUUUACUCUUCUGUGAGGCAGCUAAUGCUUCAACAAGUUUCAACUUUUCUUACGGACUUGGCAGAAUUCCUUGGAAGAUUAUUUUCUUCUUUCUUAUUUUUGACAAUUGUAAAUAUAUAAGGUACAAGUUCAUCCCAGAUUCCUACGUAGGAAGAUGAUCAAGUUCACAAGGCAGAAGCUAAAUAAUGAAAUUCCUGAUGUGGACCUGAAAGUGUAAAACAUAGCUGCAAAUAUUUUUGUAAAUAUAUGUCAUUUUAUGGCUUAUAUGAAUGUGACUAUGUACUGUGUAUAUGUUUUAUUUAUAUAUUUAUAUAUGCUGAAUUUCCUAAUGUAGACAGGCACACAUGGUCCGGACCCACCUAGAUGAGAGUGCUUACAGGUUGACUUGAAAUGCCUCUUUGUUAUUUGUUCCAUUAUGAAUCACAGUGGCUCUACAACAGAGACUAUCCUGGGACAUCUGCUAUAACUUUUUAUUCUGUCUUUCUAGCUUUGAGUUUUAGAUGAAGAAAAUCUGUACAACUUAGGGCAGGAAAAUAAGUUUUCUGGGAAGUUUCAGGAUUUCCCUUUGGGCAAACAAAAAUAAUUAUGUUAAGAGUUUUUGCUGCAGGAUCAUGACUUUUUGGCUUCAUUGUGCUCAGUACAAGGUUUGGAGUUUUUGCCUUCCCAUCUUCUGCAUGUGUACAAAUACGAGGCACUUUGCAGAGUGCUGAAUUUUGAAAAGCAAGAACUAGCCCAUUGUUCUCAAAUUAAUGCCACUACAGGAACUGUGGCAAUCUGCACUUCUGUUGGCUAUUGUGUAAAGAUAUUCUUUGUCAUUAUUUUUCAACACAGUUUUAUCUUUUAAAGCAAAUUACACUAUACAGAUGCAGCCAUAUUCACCUGUCUUUAUACAUUAUAUGUUUUAUCAUAGCUUGACUGAGAGAACAAAAGUUAAUAGUGUUAGUAGGAACACGUGAAAUCUUUUCCACCUAUGUAGUGAUAAGUCUGACUGUUGAUUUUGCAUUUUUAACACUCGGCAGCUUUCCUUUUAAAAUAGAGACAUGAAAUUAUGUCCCAAUGUAUCCAAAAAUGGCAGUUAAGGCUGCGUUGAGUGUGAGAACUGAGGAGCAGACGGUAAGCCAUAAAACAGGAAAAUCAUCAUAUGAGCAGUACUAAUUCUAAGUAGAAGUUGCUAGAAAUUAAGAAAGAUCAAUAGCUGGUGCAACUUGGUUUAGA